AUGGCUUCUCACGUUCUCCUCCUUGCUCUCCUCGCGCUCGUCCUUUCUCAGGCCAUUGCCUCUGACCCUAGCCCUUUGCAAGACUUCUGCGUCGCUGAUAAGAACUCUCCAGUGUUUGUGAAUGGGUUUGUUUGUAAGAACCCGAACUUUACCACCCCCGAAGAUUUCUUCUUCAAGGGGCUUGACCAACCGGGUAACACGAUGAACAAACUUGGGUUCAAUGCAACUCUAGUUAAUGCGAUGAUGCUUCCUGGACUCAACACGCUUGGCAUUUCCUUAGCCCGAUUGGACUUCGCACCCUAUGGUCUCAACCCACCUCACACUCACCCGCGAGCCACUGAGGUCUUCACGGUGUUGGAAGGCACAUUCUACGUCGGUUUCGUUACGUCUAACCCUGAUAACAAGCUCUUCUCUAAGAUCUUGAAUAAGGGCGAUGUGUUUGUGUUUCCCGAAGGGCUUAUUCACUUCCAAUUCAACGUCGGGAAGACAAGUGCUUUUGGCAUUUCAGGUCUCAGCAGCCAGAACCCUGAUGUGAUCACCAUAGCUAAUGCAGUCUUUGGGUCGAACCCUCCCAUCUCCGAUGAUAUUCUCGCCAAGGCAUUUCAGCUGGAUAAGAAGAUUGUCGAUUGGCUCCAAACUCAGUUCUAAUUGAUCCAUGACUAGAACAAUUAAAAUAUAAUGGAUGAGGGAGACCUAAUAUUGUGCGAU